AACAGCGACAUUAAUGGAGAACAUCCCGUCUGACUGAAAGUAUAACCAGAUUUAUUUAUAUUAUUUUUACGCGAAAAAGCACAGCAAUGAACCUUAUCGGCUUGAAGCUGAGCGUGGUCCUCGUGCUUCUCCUCGGGUUCACGCGCCACCGCGUUGAGGGAGUCUGCAGCGUGGAGCACUGCACCGACCGCACAAGAUGUGUUCUGUCUAAAGACCAAAGAAGCUGCAAGUGUGCCACUGGAUAUUAUUCUGACCAGUGUGACAAAGAUGCACACAUCAAAGUCAUGUGCGGCAGAGACUACAUAGCAAUCAGAGUGAUAGAAGAUUUCUUCAAGUAUCACAAUGUGCCGCUUGAGUCCCUCCACUUACCCAACAAAUCCUGUCGCGCUCAGAGGGAGGUCAUCAAGGGUGUGCCAUACUACAUGUCCAGGAUAUCUAAAGACCAAUAUCUAACUUGUGGAGGCAAGCCGCUGGAGAAAAACUUUACUCACAUCUCAUAUUCCCUGAGUCUAAUGUCAGACCCUCAGAUUAUUGGAAACAUCAUCAGAGAUCCAGUCAUUAAGAUGAAUUACACGUGUGUGUCUCCGUACAUCAGAAGAGUCAGUCUGCCUUUCCCGAUCGCCGCCAUUAUAAGUGAGACGGUGAUUCGUGUAGAUGAACAUGACGCCAGGAUACAGAUGAUGUUGUACACAGACCACUCCUACACUAAGGCCUUCAGUAGUACCCCCAUCAUUGAACUCGGAGACAAAGUGUAUGUGGAGGUGACAGAGCCUGCUGAUAUCUUCCUGCUUCGGGUAAACGAGUGCUGGGCCACACAGACUCCCCAUGCGAACACCACAGAGGGAUCGGUCCAUGAUCUGCUUCUGAACGGGUGUGCGAAGGACCAAACUGUUUCCUUUUUAAACGUGAGCGCGGGAAAGUCUGGCCGUAAUGGAGAAAGUUCCACCAUUCACUUCAGCUUCGACAUGUUUCGCUUCACGGCAGAACCUCGUCACUUCUACCUGCACUGCACUAUACAGCUGUGUGAGCCAGAGGACCACAUGUCCUGCACACCUAACUGUAAUUCAAUCAGUAAGAGAGAAGCGGUGAGAGCAGACCCCACCCAGGGCCUCUUGUCAUAUGGACCCAUCAAGAUUGAAAUGCCAGACAUACCUCAAUCCAGCAUACUGGCGACAGUGGUGCUGCCUGUAGCAGGCAUCUGGACUGUGGGCUUCUUCCUCAUCAUCCUCAUCACUAUGGCCAGCAGGCAGCAGGAGGCUUGCAAAAAUGGAUGGGCACUCACUUGAAUAAAUCUUUUAAAAAAGCA